CACUGACUGAACAUCACAGAAAUAUGUUCAAUGCCUGGAUCGUGUUGUUUCUCCUCCUGCCAGGGGCGAAGGCUUUCCUGAUCCACAACACACGCCGCAGCCUGUGCCUGGAGGACACAGCACCUGCAGGUGAAGUUCUGCUGAAGAAGUGCAACCUGGACUCAAAGUCUCAGCAGUGGGUCUGGGUAGACCAGAACAUGCUGAUGUGUGUUGGAUCGUCUAGAUGUUUGUCAGCCCAGCACAGAAAACCUAUCCAGACCCAGUCCUGCCAUGAUCCAGAGGUAGAUGCUGCAGGGCUCAUGUGGGACUGUGACAGGGACAGACUGAUCAGCAGGAACACCUCAAUGCUGCUUUCCAUAGACGGCCGGCGUCUGACUCUGUCCCAAGACAGCAAACAUUCAAAAUGGAGAUCUCUUGAUGAAGGGGACAUCUGCCAGGAAAAACUCAUGCUGCUAUGUGCUGUGAUGCAGAGUGUCUGUAUGUCUGGGCUUCUUGCAGGAUCCAGGAGGGCGUCUGAUGAACCAGACGAGUUUGAGUUUGCAGAGCAGACAGGCAAGGUGGGAGCCAUGACACAGGAGGAGAGAGAGUACCUCCGCUGGUUUUAUCGUACCGAGGACCCCACUAUAUGGAAGUUUGUUCUGCUGGGUCUUGCCUUCAUUUGCCUUCUUGUUGGUUUUCUCUUGUUGGGAAUGGGAGCCAUGGCCAGCAAGAACAGAAAAAAGAUCGCAAAGUACAAAGCAGCAGCUGCUCUGGCUCACAAAAGCGAGGUUGAGGAGCUGCGGGUCAUUUCACAGCUCAGAGAGAACAGUGCCAGCACACCAUCCCCAGAGAGGCUGCUGCAGGGUACCGAGGCUUCCCUGUCCAAUGAGAAGGUGAGCGAGCUCAAAGCAGGGGACAUCAUGGUCACAUGGAAAAAUGGCAACACCUCCUGCCUAUACUCGGAUCCUGUAGCUGAGGCGGAGCUGCCGGAGGAGGAGAAGGAGGUUGAAGUAGUGGAGGAGAAACAGGAGGAGGUCUCAGCUGCUGAGCUGGAGGCUCAUGAAGGAGACGAAACCAUGAAGUGAGGAGUUUAGCACAGAUUACAGAUUACUGCUUUAACAACAGGUCUGGAUAAUCUCAACAUGUGACAACAGUGUCUGCGAGUUUAACCUCUUACCACCAACUGUUCUGCCUGCAGGACGCUGGCACGCUAGCUUUGACUGUCAUGGACUGCUAAUACUAUGAAGAACAACAUGUAUAUGAACAUGUAAUAUAUGUAUUGAUGGAUAAAACUCUUGUGUUUUCAGUCAUUGCUGUCAACUCUAAACAGAACAACUGAUCAUGAAAAUAACUGAGUAUAGAACUGAAACCUUAAAGAUAUGUUGUCUCCCUGCCUGUAAUUAAUAAAACACUGGAAUAAAUCUUUGAACAGGUUACAUCCAAAGUCAUAAUAAGGGUAUAAAGAUUAAAAAAUAUCAAUUUGUUUUAAUUUAGGCAAAUCAGCCCAAACAAGGAGCAAAUGUUAAAGGGUGUAUAUUAUAUGGUAACAGUGUUUUGUGACAUGGGGAAGAGUAGUUUGUUACUGUAUAUUCAUAUUGCUGAAAAUAAAAUACUCCUGAACGAUGAACUGUAUAUUUGCAUGAAAGAGGUCUCUUUAAGGGGAUCUUAGCCCCUACUGGCUCCCCCAUAAUUCCAAAAACUGGCUACCAUCCCCUUUGAAGUUCAGUAUGUACAAUCCUGUAACGAUUUCUUAGAAAAGAACAGACAGGCGCAGUGACUUCCCGGAGUCUCAUUUUCACAAAUUUUACCAGUUUUGGUACCAUUGUGCUUGAGACCUUUACUAAACCUGUUAUCACUCAUAUCUGGCAUCCCACACUGAAAGCAGAAGU